GAGAGAACGCGACACCUGUGUCAACACCUGGUCUAACAAUAUAAAGUCUGUGAUUAUAUAGAGUCGUCCGCGUUAAGGUUUUACAUUUUUAUUUACGUGUGUUCUUAUUAAUUAGUAACGAUGCAAUAUCACAGCAUCCACUAACGUGUCGUGUUAUUCAAUUUCAUUUUUUAUUUCAUUUAAUUAUGAAUUAUUGUCCACUAAAUGCGACGUUAGGCAUGCUUUUCACAUCGAAACUUAAAGAUUCGGACGUUGAAAUGAACCCGUGAACGCAACGUGUCCCGUCCAACAUGGCGGCCCAGCGUAGGAAUUUGAUGCAGAGCCAUCAGAGCUGGACAGAUGACCUGCCGCUGUGUCAGAUGUGCGGGGUUGGCACAGCGACCAACUGUGUGUACGGCCCGGACGGUAAAGGAACCGAGAGCCACCCCAACGAGGACGGACACCUCAGGUUCAGAGGCGAGGACGGCUGCUUCCUGUACGGCGUGUUUAACGGUUACGACGGCAGCAGAGUGGCCAGUUAUGCGUCCCAGUGUCUGACGGCUGAACUGCUGCUCGGACAGCUGAACUCCAGCCACACAGACAACGACGUCCGCAGGAUCCUCACGCAGGCCUUCGAUGUGGUGGAGAAGAGCUACUUUGAGACGAUAGACGACGCUCUGGCUGAGAAAGCUGACCUGUCCAACUACCUGCUACCACACAAUGAGAAUGUGUCAUUCCACCAGCUUUCUGCGCAGAGUCAGAAGGUGCAGGAGCGUCUGAAGGAGCUGGAGCAGGAGGUGUCAGGAGGAGCGACGGCCGUGGUGGCGCUGAUCCUCAACAACAAGCUCUACAUCGCCAGUGUCGGCACCAACCGGGCUCUGCUCUGCAAGUCCAGCAGCGACGGGCAGAACCAGGUUCUCCAGAUCGGCCGUCCACACAGCACCGACAAUGAAGACGAGCUGCAGAGGCUGGCUGCACUGGGUGUGGAUUCAGCCCGUGUGCGGCAGGCGGGGCAGAUUACGGGUCAGAACAGCACCAGGAGGCUCGGAGACUACCGCGUGAAGUUCAACUACAAUGAAAUCGACCUACUCAGCGCGGCCAAGACGAGGCCCGUCGUCGCGGAGCCAGAGAUUCACGGCAGCCAGUCUUUGGACAGCGUGACGGGCUUCUUGUUGCUGAUGUCCGAAGGUCUCAUCAACGCCCUCGAGUCCGCCCACGGCCCGGAACAAGCCAAUCAGGAAAUCGUUGCCAUGGUAGCAGCAGAGCUCGCCCUGCAGACCAGUCUGGAGGCGGUGGCUCAGUCGGUGGUGGAGCGCGUCAAGCGGCUGCACCACGACGUCUACGUGUCCGGCCGUCAGAGGGCGACCUACUGUUCUCGGCACGAGGACAUGACGCUGCUCAUCCGCACGCUCAACUACCCGCUGGCUGACGGAGGACUCCCGCCCACACAGGGUGGACGUAUCUACCCCGUGUCAGUGCCGUACUCCAACAGCCAGAGCACCAGUAAAACCAGCGUCACCCUCUCGCUGGUCAUGCCCUCCCAGAAUACUCUCACCAACGGUACCAACACGGCCUCCACGCUGGAGGAGGGCACCCCCACGCCAGGCAGUCAGAGCCCCACGGCCACCCUCCAGUCCACCAACACCCAGACGCAGAGCUCCAGCUCCAGCUCUGGAGACGGCAGCCUGUUCCGGCAGAGAGGCAGCCAGGCGGCGCAGCCCGACGAGACGGGCAGGGUCCCGCCGUACGUGGACUUCAGUCAGUUUUACCGCCUGUGGGGAAAUGACCACGGCGACGGGCAGAGCACGCAGGGAGGACUGGGACCCCAGUGAGGAGGGUGACAGUUGGAAAGAGACAGACUGGUUUUGUUUUCUGGCUCAUGGAUUUGUGAAAGGACAAAGAUUUUAAAAGGGUUGAGAUGCUUUUAAUGUACGAUGACUCAAGUGACCUAAAGGUGCAGGGGACGCAUGGAGGAAGACGGUGGAACCCAGAGACUGCGCCGCACGAGGAUGUUUCAGAUGCUGGUGAUGAGUGAUUGUGAACAUGCAUCCAGAUUGUAGCCAUGAUGUAAAACGUGUAUCUGCAAACAGGACGUUCCAUAAUGUAAGGCCUUACAGUCGACUGAAUGUGAUUUGAAAGUACUUUUUAAUUUGUAAUGAAAGUAUAUCUCCAGGUGACUCAA